AUGGCGUCAAGUACCGUCACUCCCGUCCCCGAUCUGAAUUAUCAAUCCCAGCCAGAACUUGCAGAGAAAACAGAGACGCCGCUUGUUCUGCCGGAAUCAGACGCACCAUCCACACGACAGGAUCCCCCUGACUCGACAGUGGUGACUUCACCAGACCCCAUCACCACAACUACGCCUCCUUCCGCUGCCACGAUAGAGCCUGCAGAGUCAACAGAGCUUGCAGAGCCUGCAGAGCCUUCAGAUCCCCCAGACACGAACACGACGAUAGGAGAAAAUACACCCCCUUCAUUGGCAUCUCAGCCCCAGGAUGCCGCUGCACCUGAACCCGCUCCGACCGCUGCCUCCAACAUAGAACCUUCGCAACAACAAACACAGUCCGCCGCUCACUCUACCAGCGAAACUGAGGAAACCAAACAAUGUGACCCUGCCAUUGGCCCGUCGUCAGAACUCCCAAGCCCAACGAGUAAAGAAAUGGAGGAUUCCGGGAUGGUGUUGAACAUCGACCUUCUUCUGAUAACUGGAGCGAGACAUCCAUUCAGGAUUGACGGGAAGUACUUGCGAAAACGACAGGUAGAUGUGCCGGAUUUCAACCCAUAUGCGAUGAGCGUAUAUACUCUGAAGGAGCUGAUAUGGAGGGAGUGGAGAUCAGAGUGGGAGCCUCGACCUUCUUCCCCAAGUUCUAUACGUCUAAUCUCAUUUGGAAAACUAUUAGCGGACAACGCUCAGCUGUCCGAUUUGAGAUUAAACCAAAACGCUCCCAACGUCAUCCACAUGACCAUAAAACCGCAAGAAGUUGUCGACGACGAAGAUACCAAGGCUGCCCGGUCUACGUCCGCACGGGAACGGGAUGGCGGUGACCGUAGCCCCCGAUGCCGAUGUGUAAUCUUGUAG